ACCUGCUAGUUGCUGGGUUUGCAUAUUUAUAGGACCUUAAGUGACAGUUGCGGACAUUUCAAGACUGUCACUCGGAUCCAACUGGUAGCCUUAGCGAAGCAUAUUGAAGUGGUACCGUGAGUGAAUAUUUGCAUUCUGCACAAGUGAACACUGUCGCCUCAGUCGUAAGACGAGGACGAGAUUGUCGAUCGCAGAGGGUCUGGAAGGCUAAGAGAAAUACUGGCAGCUGUUCCCUGCCCUGACCAACAUUACUGUUUGAAAGUGCUGUUGCAUUGAGAGCUGUAGUAGCGGCGUAGUUCUUCGUUCAGAUUGCUUGCGCCAGCUUUCGGAUUUCUGAGAUUUGUGGUGAUUGUAAAGCAGACCGACUUUAAUUGUCGUCAAAGUAGCGAAACUUGCGCGACUCUUGCUCAAGGGAGGAGUUUUCUUGUAUAAAUGGCAGCAGCAGGGAUGUUCGCUUCUACCAGCUACUGCACCGUAGCGAGGCCUGCUCACUGUGAGGCAUUGAGCGGGGAUGUGCCCUUUCGCUCUGGCUUCAGGGGAGAACAGAAGAUGUCGUCUGCCGGGUUCAUGUGCGGCGGCGAUUGUGCAGCUCUCAAGUCUAAUGUUUCUCCGAAACCCACAGCUGCCCGCACCAAGUCCAGCGGUCUCGAUAUCUCUGCCAUUUUGGCUGAACGCCCACUGGAGGCUUUGAUUGAGAAAACUACCCGGGAGAGGGUGAAGAAAACCCCGAAGCAGCCAGUAAACAUGACGAAGGUUUUCUCUAUUAUUUUGGGAGGCGGCGCAGGCACCCGAUUAAAUCCUCUGACUCUUCGUCGAGCGAAGCCUGCGGUUCCACUUGGAGGUGGCUAUCGGUUGAUUGAUGUUCCCAUGAGCAAUUGUAUCAACAGUGGAAUCAACAAGAUUUACGUUCUCACGCAGUUCAAUUCUACGUCCCUCAAUCGCCAUCUCGCACGUACUUACAACUUUGGUAACGGUUGCAACUUCGGAGAUGGCUACGUUGAGGUUCUGGCAGCUGCCCAAAGGCCUGGAUCUGGCGGUGACAAGUGGUUCGAAGGCACCGCGGAUGCAGUGAGGCAGUACCUUUGGUUGCUGGAGGAUGCCAAGAACAAAGACGUUGAGGACGUCAUUAUUUUGUCUGGGGACCACCUCUACCGUAUGGAUUACGAGGAUUUCGUGCAGAAGCACAAAGACUCUGGAGCCGAUGUGACCGUUUCUUGCGUACCCAUAGACGAUAGCCGUGCGUCCGACUAUGGCCUGAUGAAAAUUGACGGAAAGGGCCAAAUCCGCCACUUCAGUGAGAAGCCGAAGGGGGAUGAUUUACAUGCCAUGCAAGUGGAUACCACCGUCCUUGGCCUAUCCGGCGAAGAGGCCAAGAAGAAGCCAUACAUUGCUUCGAUGGGCGUCUACGUAUUUAAGAAAAGCGUGCUGGCCAAGCUCCUCAGGUGGAGGUACCCACUCGCCAACGACUUCGGCUCGGAGAUCAUUCCCCAGGCUGCCAAGGAGUUUAAUGUUCAAGCUCACCUCUUUAAUGGCUACUGGGAAGACAUUGGAACCAUCAAGUCUUUCUUUGAUGCCAAUUUGGCACUCACAGCCGAGAAUCCUAAAUUUAGCUUUUUUGACGCCGCGAAACCGAUCUACACCAGCGCACGUUACCUUCCCCCGACCAAGAUCGAGAAGUGUAGAGUGAAGGAUUCGAUUGUGUCUCACGGAUGCUUCUUGCGGGAGUGCAGCUUGGAGAACUCUGUCAUCGGAGUCCGAUCUCGGCUGGAGUCUGGUUGUGAUGUGAAGCGAUCCAUGGUGAUGGGAGCUGACUUCUACGAAACCGAUCCCGAGGCGGCUGCUUUGUUGGCCGAAGGGAAGGUCCCUUUGGGUGUCGGUGAAAACACGAAGUUGAGGAAUUGCAUUGUUGACAAGAACGCGAGAAUUGGCAGCAACGUCGUCAUUACUAAUGCUGAUAAUGUCUUUGAAGCUGCGAGACCAAAUGAAGGUUUCUACAUUCGUUCAGGCAUUGUUGUAGUGUGCAAGAACGCUGUCAUUAAGCACGGUACCGUGAUCUAAGAGAUGCAGGAUUCCCCUAAUGGGCAUUAAGUGGAAACAUGGAAUUGCUCUGGCAAAUCACCGCACCAACGCAUCACCUGCGCUGCUGGGCUGAUGCCUGGACCUUGUGGAUGAAGGUGAUAGCCACCUAUACUUAUGCUAGUUGCGAGUAUCUCAGCUCGUGAUUCCCGAUCUUUUUCCUAUAUCACCCUGAAAUCUACUGUUCAGAGCUGAUGUACGUCUAAAUCGGUGGAUCAGAUCAGAUCCUUUCCCCUCAGGAGAAUCAAAUGAGUGUACAAACAGUGAACUUUGAGAGUGGAACCUUCUCGAGGGACUUGUUCAUUAGAUAAUCUAGUGAUCAAAGUUGAUGGCAUCAAUUUUAGAGUGUAUAAUUCGUGAGCGAAAUUUUACCAUACUUGUAAUAUAUAGCCAUUAAAUGAAUAGGUGUGUCAACCUCGACAGUGAUGCUGUGGAGGUGGUAUGCUUCACUCCAGCUUAAUUCGCUACGCAGAUUGAAUAAAUGCAACCGCACAACUUGUGUGUGCCAAAACUUGACUCUG